AUGUACUACAUGGGUCGCAUGUGUUGCAUAAAGGUGGGGGUAAAAGUCCUUACAGGCCUGUGGUUGGUGAUCUCGCGCUGCCCCCCCGGCAGUGGGAAGUUAUACUAUGAGAUUAGGACAAAUACGGAUGCAUGCAAGCUCGGCUUGUGCACCAAGGAGGCAUUCCGCACACUGGAGGACCUUGAAGAGGUUGAGCUUGGUAAGCGGUGGGACCCCUUCACACAUGGCGGGGCGCCAUCGUGCGGCGAGUGCUGGGUCUUUAAUUGUCAGACCUCCAUGGUUGAGGUGAACGGCGAGAAGUGUAAGCGUCUGUGGCGCCUGUUUGUUCCCGUGUCAGGCGCCCGCUUUGGUUUUCUCGUUGACACCGAUGAGGGAUGUGCGCAGCUUUUCGUCAACGACGAGUAUCAAGGCAUUGUCUUUGAGACCUCUCUGGGCUUGCGGGGCAAGACACUACACCCCUGCGUCGGCCUGGAAGGGAUGGAUGUGCACAAUAAAAUCAUAGGCGCUGGAAACAAGGGCGCCUUUGUGAGCCCGCUGAAAGCGACUCCCGCAUUCUUGACAACAUUUUGA